AGAUUAUGAAAGAACUCAUAUAUAUGUGGAUAAAGCUUCCAGCCAAAAAAAAAUUAAAAAAGAAAAGGCACGUGUCCACACUCCACACUCAUUCAUUCACAAAAAAGAGGACAAAGAUGGCAAUUACAAGCAAGUUAGGGUGCAAAAAGAAGAAUUCACAAACCUUGGUCUCUCUUAUUUAUACCCAACUCACAUGCUGACACUCCACAACAAAAAAAAACCGAAACCAAAACACAAACAAAGAAGAAACAACAAGAGUCCCAUUGUUUUGUUACUACAAUGAGCCCUCCUCAUACAACCCCGUCAAAGGGAAAGAAGAAGACGGAAACAACGCCGCAACAAUCACAAGAGCAGCAAACAACCUGGGGAGGAAGGUACCUCGGCGUCCGGAGGAGGCCAUGGGGGCGUUACGCCGCGGAGAUUCGUGACCCUUCCACAAAGGAAAGGCAUUGGCUGGGCACGUUCGACACCGCGGAGGAAGCCGCGCUGGCCUAUGAUAGGGCAGCGCGGUCCAUGCGCGGGUCACGUGCCCGCACCAAUUUCGUCUACACGGACACGCCUCCCGGCUCCUCCUUGACGCCAAUCCUCUCCCCAGACCAACAACAACAAGUGGUUGAUCACACGUUCCACGACCUCUCCUCAUUCUUGACACAAAACAACCAUCCUGGUUCAGUUCAACCCGACCCUGUUCCGGCUCUCGACCCGGUUAUGCUUCUCGCCGGAAUGCCGUCGGCUGUUUACGGAUACGGUGGUUACGGGGAGGGAACAAAUUGUGUAACUGCUGCUGCCACGGUGGAGGGUAAUUAUAACUCUAACAACAACAACUCUAAUCAUUAUUUUAUGAACCAACAACAAGUGUUUUUCGACGACGGUUGUAACGCCGCCGCCGGCAGCACUAGCGGUGAGAUAGAGCUUCCGCCGUUGCCACCGGAUAUUACUAGCUCAUGUUAUGAUAGUAGUAAUAAUGAUAAUGGGUGUUAUUAUUGGGAGCAGAAUGCGGGGGGUUAUGAUCAGUAUUUGCAUAAUGUGGCGGUUUCAGAGAAUGUUGUGGCGGGUUCUGAAGGUUUUCAGUUUGGAGGCUCUUCUUCUUCUUCUUCUUCUUCAUUUUUCUUCUGAUGAGGCUCUUUCUCUUUCUAUGUUGUUUUAUGUUAAUAGUUUAGUUGCUUUUUGGGUUUUUUUUUUUUGUGUGUGAGAGUUGUUGUUGUUGUUGGAUUGGUUGUUUUGGGAGACAGGGGCAAAUUUUUUUUUGUUUCAUGUGUUGUCCACGUUCGACGACGACCGUGAAUGAGGAGAAAUGUCUUGAGAGUUUGUCUGGUGUGUGUUGUAAUGUGUAGAGUGUUUACGAUGGGGUUAGUUUUUGUGUUGCGGCUUGCGACUAUUUGCUAGCUUUAAGAUGGAGACUUGCGCAGCAAUGAGCAAUCAAAUCGUGAAUAUGAUUAUAAUUUUGGGUACUUGCUCCUAACUCUUUCUCUUCUUUGACUACCAAGUCUUCUUUUCCUCUUUUUGGUCACUUUUUCAUAUUUGCACAUUUUAAUAACUAUAAACUUGUAAUUACAUUUCAGUUUAAAAAAAAUGUUGUAAUUACA